UAAUAAAAAUAUAUUUGAUGUUUAAAUAUUUAUAAAAAAAAGAAGAAUAGCAACGAAAUAAGCAAGAAUUCCACGAUAAUAACAAAGCUUAAUUAUUAACAGGAAAUCAUUAUGAACGUAAACAAACAGAGAUAAUCAGCUUAAAUAAAUAUGGAUGAAUGUAUAGAUUUGGAUAACGAUAACAUUUGCGGUGUUUGUUACGCUGAAUUUCUUGAUAUCGACGAUUUGAAACUGCAUAUAAUUCAAUAUCACUUGAAUGAAACCAGCAAAUAUAGAUUUUGUGAUUUUUGUUCCCGAAUUUUCAGUGAUAUCGAAGCUUAUUCAUUACACCUAAGAAAUGCUCAUUUAAGUACGUUCAAGACUUGCAAAUAUUGCACUAGAGUGUUUAAUGAUGCCCAAAGUGUAUCUCGACACGAGAAAAAACAUAAAAGUUCAUUUUACUAUCCGAAAAUCGCAUGUUCGAAUUGUAUAAAAGUGUUUAAAAACAAAAAAGAUCUGGAAUACCAUGAGUAUGAAAAACAUCGUGAUAUUGAUGACGGUUUGAUGUUGCAGCACUGCUUUCCGGAGCUGUCAUCAUUAAUCAACAUAAAUAUACGUAAAUUUUUCAAAGGUUUGCAUGAAAACUAUUUAUAUAGAUGUGUCGUUUGUGAAUUAUCGACACCAAAUGUUACCGAGUAUAUAGAUCAUCUUUUGAAAAACGAAUGCAAAUCCUUAUCGUGUAAUACAUGCUGUAAUGUGUAUGCGUGGAAGUCUAGACUGGAACAUCACUGUAAGACUCACAAAAAGAGGGAAACAGAUAUUAAUAAUGGAAAAAAGCAAUGCCCGAAAUGUGAUAAAUAUUUUCAUUUUAUAAAACUAAAAUCACACUUAAAAGAAUGUUCUAGUAUGAAGUGCACCCCGUGCGAUGUAUCAUUUGAUUCUGUGGAGAAGUUCGCUUAUCAUGUCACAACGCACUCCCACCACUCGCCUGUACAGUUUGAGAAUUGUAAAUACUGUCGUAGACCGUUCAUUGGGUUGAAUGCGCUCAAAAAACAUAUAGAGAGAUCUCAUAAACACAACUUGCACCUUUAUAAAUAUAAUUGUAUAUAUUGCAACAUUGUUUUUAAGCAUCCAAAAUUGUUGUUUGGUCAUUUUUUCACAAAACACAGAGAUAUUAAUCCCUAUACAUGCAAAAUAUGUAAUACAGAUUACAGGAUUCGUAAGAAUUUUACACUUCACAUAAAAUUGGAUCAUAAAAGUGUCGGUUUCGUCGAGUUUAAUAGCAAUUACCACGUGUUUUUUACUGAUAAAAAGUCUGAAAAACCAUUUCAACCGAGAAAUCUGGAUAUCGCUGAAUCGACGAACAAAGAAAGCGAUAAUGAAAUGUUUACAGAUAAUGAGAGUGAUUUUAAAACAACGCUGAAUGAGAAUAAAAAUGAAAGUGAAAAAUUCGGAGACACUGAAAAAAAAACAAAUGAUAAUAUCAAUGCUAUUGAACAAGUCUCGAGUAAAGUAGAGUCUAAAGCUAAUGAAAGAGAUUCUGAUUUGGAAAGAGAGAAGUUAGAAGUAACUGAAGAACCGAAAAAUAAAACAACAUCCGUUGUGAAUGAAAACACAAAUGAACGCUGUGAAUUAUCAGAGAAUAAACCAGAAGAUGAAGCUAUAUAUACAAAUUCAAAUAAUAAAUAUAACAAGCCCAGUGUCAAACUAGUAAAUGUUAAUUCAGAUUUCAUGACAGUCACAGAAACCGAAGCAGACCAAACGGAAACCGAAGUGAAACGAAAAGCACGUGUACAGAAACGUAAAACGAAAUCUCAGCCGAUACGAUCUAGAAAGAUACAGAAAACUAAAACAUGCGAUGAUUCUGAUUCGUCAGACGAUUCCGAUGUGCCCUUAUCGAAAAUUGUAAACAAAAAUCCUACACGUUCGAGAAAACGGAAAAUAAAACGAAGGAAAACAUCGAAAGAGACCAUACAAUACAGUCGUAAGAAGAUGAAGUUCAUUUGUUUCAAAUGUGAUCGCAAUUGUUACACAUAUCAAAACUACCAUCGCCACAUGAGUUUGCACAUGAAGAAAGGUCACAAGACAUGUGUCAAAUGCUUUGAAAAGUUCAAAACUAAAGACGAACUCAAUGAUCAUAUGAAAACUGAACAUUCGAGCUCUAAACUAACAGAAACACUCAAGAAAUUGUUAGAUAAACGCAAGAGUGACAGAGAAAUGACGACAGCUAAACAUCAAACAGCUGAUACUAUAAUUUCAAGAACAAUACAGAGAGUACCCUUCGAAGUAAAUGACACCCAAGCAACUAUAACUAGGGUCGAAAGUGAUAAAAUAUCGGUUAAAAAAUUCCUAGAGACUUUCAAACCAGAUGCAAACGAUCCCACCGCUAAAAAGAUUUCAAUAUCAAACAGUCUUUCCAUACGUUCGGUUGAAAAAGGUGAAACGAAAUCCUUUAUAAAAAUGACAAAGUUUAACUCAGAGCCCACGGUAAUAGCAGAUCGUCCGCAGUUGAAAAUGCCUGUUAAGUUCAGAGAGGAGGAAAAGCAAGAACAUAAAGUAACUAUAAAAUUAGUUUAUUGUGACUAUGUUACUCCAACAUUGAACCUUGAAAACGAAGUCGGUAACACGGAUUUCAACAAGUCAGUCGAUCGAUCUUAUUUCGAAGAGUCCUACGAUAGUGAGGUCCGGAAUAAAUCAGAAUUAAUACCAGAGGUUGGUCGCGAAGUUCUCUUAGAAGAUAAAGACCCAACUAAAGUUCAUAAUUUGAAAAAGACAAUUGUGCUUAAAGAUCUUUUGUCAUAUAAUAACGUGAGGAUAGGACACUUGGCGCCCAAGGCUCCUUUCUAUAAAAUCGUUAAGAUUGACGAAGUCUUACACGAGAGACAGGCAACAGUCGAACCGCCAAAACAGACGAAUAUAACUUUGCCGAAUGGUACAAAGUUAGUCAGCGUAAAUCCUCUGGCUCACCUCUUAGGUAACAAGAGCGUUGCAGAUAUUCCAAAAUCGAACCCGUAUAAAAAUAAGUCCUACAGUUACAAGCCGAAAAUGCAGGAUUUUGGACAAGCAAUAGUUAAAGCAAUGAAGGUUUUGGAUAAAACACCCGCAAAGAGAAAAUCUACAAAGAAAAUUGAUCCAGUCAACUGAAUUUGCACUGAUCAUUAUAUUGAUAAACUACAUUAUAAAAAAGGGAUUCCCCGUUAUGCUAAGCUACUCGCUACAUGGGUCUUUGUGGCAUAAGCCUACGUGGAUCUGAAUAUUUUUCAUUUAAAUGUGUGAUUUUGUUAUAACUUCCAAAUUGAAAUAUCUAUCUAUAGUUUAUUCCAAACACAAGAGGAAAAAACUCAAAUAAAGAAAAUUUUACACCGAAUUGAUGCGA